AAUUAACUGAGCUUGGACCUUGAACUGAGGUUGACGGGAGGAUGAGACUGUGAACGAAAACGUAGAUCAAAGAGCCAAUCAUCGUUGUGAAUCGAGACUACCUUCCGGUUUUACGUUAUUGAGCCUAAAAAAAGGUCAGCUAGAGAUUACGGUUGCGAGGCAGCAACAAGUCAGUGACUCACGCUCGAGCCAAGCAAGAGAAGUUCAAGAUCAAUGACAGCGAGACCUAUCUUUCACUGUUUUCACUCUUCAGCACGAAUUGGUUUCAGGACUUCGAGUCUCAGAUUUCAAGCCUCGCAAUUCCGCAACAUGGCUUCUUCACCAACGCCUCAGCCGGUUGAGGGCUCUGGUUACAAACCUAGAUAUAUCGAUAUCGGUAUCAACUUGACCGAUCCCAUCUUCCGAGGCAAAUACCACGGCAAAGAGCGACACCCCGAUGAUCUCGAUGCUAUUAUCGGAAGAGCCCGUGAAGUUGGUUGUACAAAACUGAUAGUGACCGGCUCAGACCUUGGCAACUCUCGAGAUGCCCUCACCCUUGCCAAAGAUUAUCCCGGAACUAUCUUCAGCACUGCAGGCAUUCAUCCCUGUAGCAGCUCUGUCUUCAGUGAAGCGGGUCCUUCUCACGAGUCUGAGCACACAACACCAUGUGAUCCCGAUCCUUCAGCUCCGGUCUCGGAAGAGCACCCCCCUUGCCCAACAAAGACCGGUAAACUCAUCAGAGACUUGACCUCUUUGGUGACAGAGGCCCAAGCAUCAAGCCAGAAGAGCCUUGUGGCUAUGGGUGAGUUUGGCCUUGACUAUGAUCGACUGCAUUACUGUUCGAUGAGCAUCCAGCUCCAUUCUUUUGCAGCUCAGCUCCAGGUUGCUGCGUCGAUAUCUCCUCAGCUCCCCCUGUUCCUCCACUCUCGCGCCGCCCACAAUGAUUUUGUCCGGCUUCUGAAGGAGGCUUUUGGUGAGAAGCUGGAGAAGCUGGAGAAGGGCGGCGUAGUGCAUAGUUUCACUGGCACAGCUGAGGAGAUGCGCGAGUUGAUGGACUUGGGUCUCUACAUUGGCAUCAAUGGAUGCAGCUUUAAGACUGCAGAGAACUGUGCUGUUGUCAAGGAAGUUCACCUCGACCGUCUUAUGAUUGAGACCGAUGGACCAUGGUGUGAGGUGCGACCAAGCCACGAGGGCUACAAGUAUCUUAUCGAGAAGAAAGAGACGCCCAAUACCGAGAACCAACAGAAUGGGACUGCCGCUGCCGCUGAGUCUACGCAAAAACCGCAAAAGCAGUCGAAGAAGAACCAGAAGAAAGAGCCCGAGGUACCGGAACGAUACAAAACUGUCAAGAAGGAGAAGUGGGAAGAGGGAGCCAUGGUCAAGGGACGCAACGAACCUUGUAAUAUCGAGCGUGUCGCCAAGAUUAUUGCAGGUAUCAAGGGAGUUAGUAUCGAGGAAGUUUGUGAAGCUGCAUGGAAGAACACAGUGACAGUUUUCGGACUUGAAGAGAGCUAAGAAUUGGCUGACCAGUCGUGCUGUCAUGGGGGUAUCAAAUAGAGAAGAAAAGACAUAGACCAUCCGCCAUUAUAGAUCCAACAUUUGUUUCACAUCCCCGAGCCCUUGUAUCCACGUAUUCUUCCAUGCCUCACAAGUCCUGUUGUUACACCCUCUUCUCCUGUCAUCCACCCCGGCAUCCGCUCUCCAUCUAUUAUGCCAGCCUCUACAAGUUGCC